UGUGGGGUAAGAGGUGUGUAGGGGGGUGGAAUGAUGCAAAAGGUGAUAUGUAUUGGGAAAACAGCCUUUCAUUAUGUUCGUUCUCUCCUAGGACCGCCGUGGGCUCACGUCUCGCAAAUAAGCAGUUGGGAUGGAAAUUUUGUGAUGCCGAUGACUACCAUCCUAAAGAAAACAAAGAAAAAAUGAUGAACGGAAUUCCACUGGAUGAUGAGGAUAGAAUCCCUUGGUUGUGCGCUUUGCAUGAAAUAUUAAUGAGGGAAAAAUCAUUUGGAGAAAAUGUGAUCCUUGCUUGCUCUUCCCUGAAAAGAAUGUAUCGAAGAAUUCUGACUGGUGAACAGAGCGCUGUCAACACAACUGUAACACGGGACCAGGAACAAUCUCAACUUGGCUACAGCAAUAACAUCUUGUUUGUGUAUCUUCAUGGCCCUAAAGAAUUGAUUACUAAGAGGUUAGACAGUAGAAAAGGACAUUUCAUGUCACCUUCUUUGUUACAAUCUCAGUUUGACACACUGGAACCACCAGAGGGGACUGAGAAUUUCAUUAACAUUAGUAUUGAGAACAGCAUUUCAGAUAUAGUGACUGAGAUUGAAAGACAUUUAGGUUAGAAUACACCUCCUCCCAUCCACCUUCCUGCAAAAAUUCCAUCCCCUAUUCCCAAUUCCUUUGCCUCCGCUGCAUCUGCUCUCAGGAUGAGGCAUUCCACUCCUGCACAUCCCGGAUGUCCUCGUUCUUCAAGGGCCACAACUACCCCCACCCCGGCAGUGGUCAAGAACGCCCUCAACUGUGUCUCCCGCAUUUCCCGCACCUCAUCCCUCACAUCCCGCCCUCGCAAUAACCGCCCCAGGAGAAUCCCCCUAGUCCUCACAUACCACCCUACCAACCUCUGGAUACAACGCAUCAUCCUCCGACACUUCUGCCAUCUACAAUCCGACCCCACCACUAAAGAAGUUUUUCCCACCCCACCCUUGUCUGCCUUCCAGAGAGACCACUCUCUCCGCGACUCCCCUGUCUGCUCCACACUCCCCUCCAACCCCACCACACCCGGCACUUUUCCCUGCAACAGCAGGAAGUGCUACACCUGCCCCCACACCACCUCCCUCACCCCCAUCCCAGGCCCCAAGAUGACUUUCCACAUCAAGCAGAUGUUCACCUGCACAUCUGCCAAUGUGGUAUACGGCAUCUGCUGUACACGGUGUGGCUUCCUCUAGAUUUGGGGAAACCAAGCGGAGGCUUGGGGACUGCUUUGCAGAACACCUACGCUUGGUUUGCAAUAAACAAUUGCACCUCCCAGUCGUGAACCAUUUCGACUCCCCCCUCCCAUUCCUUAGACAAUGUGUCCAUCCUGCGCCUCUUGCAGUGCCAUAAUGAUGCCACCCAUAGGUUGCAGGAACAUUAACUCAUAUUCCGCUUGGGAACCCUGCAGCCCAAUGGUAUCAAUGUGGAUUUCAUCAACUUCAAAAUCUACCCUCCCCCCACUGCAUCCCAAAACCAGCCCAGCUCAUCCCCACCUCCCUAACCUGUUCUUCCUCUCACCUAUCCCCUUCUCCCACCUCAAGCCGCACCUCCAUUUCCUACCUACUAACCUCAUCCUGCCCCCUUGACCUGUCCGUGCUCCCCGGACAGACCUAUCCCAUCCCUACCUCCCCACCCAUACUCUCCUCUCCACCUAUCUUCUCCUCUAUCUAUCUUCAGUCCACCUCUGCCUCUCCCUAUUUAUUCCAGAAUCCUCUCCCCAUCCCCCUUUUUCUGAUGAAGGUUCUAGGCCAGAAACAUCAGCUUUUGUGCUCCUGAGAUGCUGCUUGGCCUGCUGUGUUCAUCCAGCCCCACGCUUUGUUAUCUUGGAUUCGCCAGCAUCUGCAGUUCCCAUUAUCUCUGAUCAUAUUUUUGCAUAUUUGAUUUGGCUUCAGAUAGCAAUAGAUGUGUCUUUUUGCAACAACCAGCUUGAGGUGAAUGAGUUAAAUGUGUCUUAAAAUGAUAAAUUCUUUAAAUACAUUUUUGUUUCAAUUAAAACGUGUAUUAAAAUGUACAAAACAGUGAAUCAUACAA